CCAACACAAAAAAACAUUAUUUGCCAGAAGAACGGAUCUUAAUGUCUAGUAUCAUUCAUUUAGCAUAUCCAUGUUUUAUCAAAAGACUUGACUAUUUUCUCAAAAAUGCUAUGCUUGAAAAAAAUCUCGAAUACAUGAAAUUUCCAAAAUUGACGAAAUCGAAUAUAAAAUAUACAUCUCCCUAUUUAAAACAAUUAGCUCAUCACCCAUGGAUUAAAGUGAAAGAGGUUAAAUUUCACAAUAUAAAUGUAAGAAAACAAAUUAUGUAUAACAAAAUGAAAACUAUAAAGCUACAACUUGAAAAUGAGCUGCACAACGAAAAAAAUAACACAAUGAGAAAGAAAAUCACUUAUCCCAAAAAUUCAGUGAAUGAAAUGAUUUGUAAACUGCCGUUGUUGAAACAGUUCAAGAAAGAAAAUAAAAAUAAGCCAAUACCGGAUAUAAAAAGCUCUAUUGUAGAAGCCUAUAUUUAUGAAGACGACACGACGCAAAGAAGUGGCGACACCCAAACCAGGAUAGGUGAACAGGAUGAAUGGAUGAAGCCCGAGGAUAUGUUGCCAAUGACUAGUCGUGAAUUCAUGAAGAGCGAGACUUGGCGCUCCAGACAAUGGUUGACGGCAUCUAACUCGAGCACGGUGUUCAAAAAUACGACUAUGAACCACCGUACCAAACUCGUUGGCACACUUAUGCCAUCUACGUAUGGUAGUUGGCUAAAAAAACCAUUUGGCUUGCUCAGCGCCGAUUUUAUGGCGUCAAACAUUUCAAUAGAUUCGAUUAGUGAAUCGUCUAACAGUACUGCGGUUGAAACAAACCCGCACGAGACGGUUGUAGUUAUGGAUUUUGACAGUUCGGUAGACCAGUAUAAAUACAACAUGACUGUUGGAGAUAGCGGAAAAAAUCUAAGCGGUGGACGGGAAGAUAUCGGCGAGAGCGAUGAUGACGUGGUGCUUUCAAAGACGUUACGCCAUCUUAACGUUAUGUCUAUAGAUGCGAACGAGGAGAAAAUUUGCCAAGAGUUCCGAAAGUAUGGUGCCAGGUUGGCGGCUAACCACCAGCAACACCAGCAUCCGUCAGUGUUUUCGUCGGACACCGGUAUCACUGUAGCUAAAUUCGACAGGACCAAACAUGUCAACACGCCGUCAAUGAAAGGCAUACAGGGCACUCCACUGCCGUCAAUGGUACGAGUGGCUGUCAAAGAACAGUCGUCUAUGAUAGCACUCGACAAGAAAAUGUCAGUGUUGGACUUGCAACAUAAUGAUCAUGACAGCCAUGCAGUUACCGUACACGUUGAUGUUAACAAACACUACAACGACAUUGUUCUUGAUGAUAACAUCACUAAUGAGUUUAAGACAGAUAUAAACUGUGACCAUGAUGAUUGCUCGAGUACACCUCAGCCACCUCUCAUCAAUGAGGAUGGUUCGGUUAACAUGACACGACUACAUGGUGUAAUUCACAGACUACCAAACUGGAAACAACUAAGAGUGGUACUGAAAUUGAUGUCGAUUAUGGGUGAUCCUAUAGCAGAUUUCCCGGAAAUAAUCGAAUUUAACAAAUUGCGGAGAUGGUAUGAAGUACGGAUAAAUGAAAACAGACACUUGACGUCGAAAAUAAAACAAAAGCUAAUGAUUCAGUCGAUAAACGCAUGGAGUGCACCGCGACCCAAAUUGACAUCUGUUAAUAUUCCAAAAAACCUAAUGCAAGGUGAAAAAAACAUCAGUGCGAUGAAAAAAAUGUCUUGGAAUCAAGUGAAUGAAAUGAAACGUAAGGUCAAGAAAACCAAAGCCGAAUACAUCUUAAAACUUAAAAGAAUGUCAAUUAAUAACGCAAGAACAAUAUACCAGACAAUGCAUAAUGACUAUUAUAAUAGUCGUUUGGCCAAAAAUUUUAAACGAUCAUACUAUUAUUAUUUCCCGGCAAAAGAGGAUGAUUGCUUGUUUGAGUAUGUCACUGAAGUUAAGAAAACCUAA